AUGACCCCGACGGUGGCAACGGCGGCCAGUACACCGCCGAUGCUGAACUGGGCGCCAAUUCUGUUUCCUUCGGCCUGGAAUCCGGCCCUGCUUCCGGCCUUCUAUCCGGCGGCUCUCCGCUCACUACCCGGAUUCCUCGACAAUAUGAAACUCCCACGCACCCAGCGGACAACCACCGCCAACGGCGGCUCCGGGUUCCACAUCAGUGACAUCCUAGGCCACAAGGACAAGAAGCAGUCGCGGCUGGCCGCGGAUGACGAGAAUACCAGCGAUGAAGGACACCAGCUCAGCAACCGCAGUACGGCGACCGUGGAUACGGACAGCAACCACGGCAACAUUACGCCGGCCAACAGUGACGAUGACAGUCACAGUAGUCACAGUCAACCGCUCCAGUCGGCACGGUCCGGUGGAGAUCCUAAGACAACGGAACUCCUAUCGUCGCCGGAGCUACCAGAUGCCAAGCUGCGAAUACGAUCCAAUCUGGCGGAGGAUCUGCAUGCCCGGUUUACGGCUCUUCCGGGAUACCAUCAUCACCAUCCGCAUCACCCGCUCUUUCCGGCCGCUGCCAGCCCCUGGCUGUACGAGACGUGCGGAAACCUAAAUGCAUCGCAUCAACAACAGCAGCAACAGCAGCGGCUUGCCCAGCAGAUCAGCCCGGAUAGUACCUCACCGGUGCACUCGGAGCAAUCCUAUCAUGGGCUGCCCGGGUCCGGUGGAAGUAGCGGAAUCAAUGAACAGUGCCCGCGGACACCUAGCCCGUCGGACAGCGAGCGACAACACUUGAACGCCGAUGGCAACACGGAACAUUCGGACGACGUGGACAUCGAAGAAGGCUGCGAUGAGGAAAUCGAUAUGAUCGAAGAUAAUGACGACAAUCCGUCGGAUCGCUUAACCAAUGGCAUCGGUCAUAAAAAGCGCAAACGACGCGUGUUGUUCUCCAAAGCUCAAACCUACGAGCUGGAACGUCGCUUCCGGCAGCAGCGAUAUCUGUCCGCGCCGGAACGCGAACAUCUGGCAUCACUGAUUCGGUUGACACCGACGCAGGUAAAAAUCUGGUUCCAGAAUCAUCGCUACAAGACGAAACGGGCCGCGCACGAGAAGGGCUCGAUGGAUCCGGGAGCGCAUCAAGGCGGUGGCCUGCCCUCGCCCCGUCGGGUUGCCGUCCCGGUUCUGGUUCGUGAUGGGAAACCCUGCCUGGGAGGAAGCAAACAGCACGACAUGAUGGCCGCCGCCGUACAGGCCGCACAUCUGCAGCUACCACCGGGUUUCCAGCAUGCCAGCCUCCUGCAUCACGCAGCCGCCGCCAGAUGGUGGCCCUGA